UUUCGUCACUCUUUUACACAUUUCCCACUUGUAUAUUUCAUACCUGUAAUCUUGUGAACGUAAAGUUUGAAAAGUUAACCUUCCAGCACAUUAUUAAUAGCCUCCGCUGAUUAAGAGUCUUGGAAAAAUCGGUGCAUUAGUGAUACAGUGAUACAGCUCUUGGGUCAGCGAAUGUCGCAUUUGGAAUGGGAAUGGAAAUGGAAAUGGGAAUCGGAAUCGGAAUCGGUUGAUGGGGGCGAGUGGCAUUUCUCUUCGCAAUGACCCACAUUGGAGCCGUAUAAAUAGUGGCCGCAGGGCAGAGCAUUGUCAUCAGUUUCCGAGCUCAGCUCCCCCAUCCCACUUCGUUCCAUCGCCAAGUGCCAGUUAAACCCAAGUGGAACCGACAGCAAUAUGAAGGUGUUCAUCUGCCUGAUUGCCUGCUUCAGCCUGGCCCAAUCCGGAUUCAUCGGAGGAGGCGGUAGCGCUGGCUGGUCAUCCGGAGGAGGAAGCGCUGGCUGGUCAUCCGGAGGUGGUGGCAGUGGCUGGUCAUCCGGAGGAGGAAGCGCUGGCUGGUCAUCCGGAGGAGGCGGCGCCCCCACCAUCGUCAAGGUCAUCAGCGAGGAGGCUGGCCAUGGUGGCGGCGGAUGGGCCGGCGGUUACUCCGGUGGCUAUGCCCAUGCUCCCGAGGAGGUGAAUAUCGUCAAGGUGAUCAGCGAGGCUGGUCACUCUCACGGUCACGACCAUGGCCACAGUCACAGUCACGACCAUGGGCACGGCUCCGAGGUUAAGAUCAUCAAGGUCUUCCAGGAGGAGGGUCAUGGCCAUGGCCAUGGUCAUGGCUACGACUACUCCAGCGGCGGUCAUGGACAUGCCCACCAUGCCGAGGAUGUGAAGAUCAUCAAGGUGAUCAGCACCGGAAUCGCCGAUGGCGGUUGGUCCUCCGGCGGUGGCUGGUCCUCCGGUGGCUCCGGCUGGAACUAAGCAGUUCCUCGGAGAUUCACACCUCUACGGACACCUCAACGGAUCCCAGACCAUUCAGGCAAUCCAGUGCGCUGAUGUCAACUCCUUUGUUCCUGUUGUCGGAGUUGAGCGGCGAUAUUGGCCUUUCUCGAUGCUCGAAGUUAGUUUAAGUUGGUGCACGCGUUUUGUGUGUGCGCUUAGAAACCAUUAAGUUUUUUGUUGCUAAUUGUUAAUGAAAUACACAGAAAAAAUGAAAAAA